AUGGCCCAGAAGUAUGGAACAGUCUACCUUACAAAACCUGGUCUCUCAGAUAUAAAAGUGUGUGGGUCGGAGCAAAUUCAAUCCAUGUUCAUUAAUGGAGAGCCAGUUCACCACGUAUUCACCAGAGGAUGUCCAGACGCUUAUGACGUCAUAAGGGUGACGCCAGUGACGGCUAAAGUGGCUUUCGUGACAACAAACACCAAACAGCCACCGGCCCUCUACGCCUGGCACAAAAAAGGUCUUAACAACAAAACAUUAGUUAAAUGGCACUGCAAAAACACCGAACCAGGGCCGAAAUGGUGGGCGGUAACAUUCGACGACAACACCAUCCCCCUUGCGAAUGGGGUACAACUUGCCGCGGUGGGGGCCCUUGGACAAGGGGCGGUGGUCAUACAGGAGCAAGCCAACUUAGCCCCAUCUGGAAACAUGGCUGGGGGUGGAAAUGCUGUUGGGGGAGGGGGUACAAACUCUCUGUACUGCGUUCUGAAGAUUAUUCAAUCAGAAAUGGAAGAAUAUGAUGAAUAUUUAGAUGAAAAGGAAGAAGUCCUAGUCAACCUCCUAUUGAUAUUCUGCUGCAUUUGUGUCAUUGAGUUCUUCAUCGGACUGUGUAUAUCUGGGAGAUAUUUAAAAACUUGGGUGCAGACGAACACCAUAAAAAUACUCGGUCCUACGCUCUAUGAGUACCUGAAGACUGAGAGACAGAUAUCAAGGAGAGAAAUAACUAAGAGUGACAUACCAACAGAGGACCUCACAAAAGGCAGUAAAGCCUCAGAACUCAGCCUACCUUCUAGCAAAUCAGCCUCCCUAUUGGCCGUGACGUCACCAACAAAUAUUACGCCAUCGUCUCCUGUUUCCGGCAUUCCGCCAACAACAACAGUCACCACAGAUACUGGACUGUCCUCAAACUUAAGUAUAUCUGACAAUCCUCCUUCAACUAUUGGUUCAAGUUUUAUGAACGGCCUUGAGCAAGCCAAAAAGAUGCAGGCGAACAAACACAACAACAACAACAACAAAACAUCAAAGAAGAAACAUGCCUACAAAUUUGAUGGCAACUUCAACAACAUCAACAACAACAACAUCAACAACAACAACGUCAACAGCAACAACAGCAAAAACAUCAACAACAACAAAAACAUCAACAACUACAACAGCAGUAACAACAACAACAACAGCAGCAACAGCAAAAACAUCAACAACAACAACAACAGCAACAGCAGCAGCAGCAACAACAACAACAGCAACAACAACAACAGCAAGAAAAGUAGCGACACCAUCCACUCUGAUCGCAACCUGAACAACAACGCCGAGACGAAACUACGCGAAGAACACCAUCAUCAUCAUCACUACCACGACACCACCACCACCACAACUACUACUACUACUGUCGCUAGUACUACAACGAUUGCUACAUCUAAAUAUCUAGAAAAUUCAGUCGCCAAUGUGGCCAACAAUGCCGGAGCCACAAGCAGCGUCAACACCGGAUACGCAAUGCCCAGCGUUACGAGCGGUCAGUGCAUGUGUCUUCUUGUUCUCAACUCUGGCCCCAUCUGCGAUAAAGUACAAGCCAUGCUCAACAACGUCAACCCUUCAGACUACCUGGGCAGCAGUAGCACAUCGGUCGCCGGCUCCACAACUUCAACGGCCACAUCUGAACCUAACGUAACAGCGGAAUCUUCGGCAGCCCCACCAGCUCCACCACCACCCCCACCCCCUCCUCCUCCCCCACCUCCACCAGGGGGUGCCCCCAAAGCACAACCAAGAGCCAGGAGGUUGUCGACCAAACGCUCGCCGGCCAGGAAAAAAUGCAACAGGGCCGAAAUCUCAGCGGACAUGCUGAAGGGCGCCAAACUCAAGAAAGUUCGAGAUCGGCCAAGCUCUCCUGAGAAGCGAGCCUCAAAUUCCUCCUCUCUAAUGGGCGAACUGGCUGAAGUGCUGAAGAAAAGGGGCAAAAGGAAUAAUAAUGGAAACGCUAAUUCCAGUGCCAACCAAUCAAAUUCUAAAGGAGGCUACCGAGAGGGGGAUUAUGUUAAUGAGUCCGACAGGCCGGGAAAAAUAAUUCCAUAUACAACCUGCACGUCCGUCUCUGAAGUCAAUUUAAGGAAAUAAAUUGUAAUAAAAUAUGAUAAUUAGCCAUAGUGAAUUACAAUGAAUUAUAAUAAAAUAUUUUAAUUAGUCGUAGUGGUGGAGUGUUACAUGGUGAAUUGUAAUGAAUAUGUCUUAACGGGCUAUUAGGAAUUGUAAGGAAUGAAUUGUAAUGAAUUGUGAUGCAUUUCAAUGAAUUGUAGUGAAUUAUAGUGAUGUAUUUUUAUGACUACAACUCAUUGAUUUUAUAUAUAAUAUCAAUAUUACUGUAAAGAAUGGUGGUGAAUUGUAAUGGGAUGAAUUGUAAUAGAUGGUAAUUCAUGUCAGUGAAUUCUAGUGAAUUAUAAUGAAUUAUUAUUAUGACUACAACUUAGUGAUUUUAUAUUUUUCGUCAGCAAUUUUAUUUUCAUAAAUGUU